AGCUCCAGACAUCUUCACCCUCCUCCAGACCAGCCAGCCUCCACCAUGUGUCACACCAGCUGCUCCUCAGGCUGCCAGCCAGCCUGCUGUGUGUCCAGCCCCUGCCAGCCAGCCUGCUGUGUGUCCAGCCCCUGCCAGCCAGCCUGCUGUGUGUCCAGCCCCUGCCAGGCAUCCUGCUGUGUGUCCAGCCCCUGCCAGCCAUCCUGCUGUGUGUCCAGCCCCUGCCAGCCAUCCUGCUGUGUGUCCAGCUCCUGCCAGCCAGCCUGCUGCAGGCCUGCCAUAUGCAUUCCUGUGAGAUGCCAGGUGACCUGCUGUGUGCCUGUGAGCUGCAGGCCCACCGUGUGCAUGGCUCCCUCCUGCCAGUCCUCUGUGUGUGUGCCCGUGAGCUGCCGGCCAGUCUGUGUGAGCUCCUCCUGCCAGUCAUCCGGGUGCUGCCAGCCCUCCUGCCCCACCCUGGUCUGCAGACCUGUCACCUGCAGCACCCCCUCCUGCUGCUGAUCAGUGUCUGCAAACCAGCUGCUGCCAGAUGGGACACAUCUGUUCUCUCCCAACACCUGUCAUCUGCGAGGUAGAUGGGAAGUGUGUCCAGCCUACCAUGGAACUAUGGAGAGAGGGUACAGAAGAAUAAUCCAGUUUCUCCCUGACUCAGCCCAACCCCCAGGGGUGUCCUGACUCCUGGUGUCUAGCCCUGUGAGCCAAAUAAAGUGCUUUCCCGUA